AUGUCUAUUGUAGAAAGCAAUUCAAAGGGUUUUAACAGUCCAUUCGAAGUGCGGUCGUACCAAGGUGGCAGUGAUCAUCAAAGCAUUGACAGCAGGAGCACCACCAAUCACAAUGGCACCAGGAGUCACCUCGCUCGUCGGCUCUUCGACAACGAUCGGCUCGACAGAAAGCUCAAACGGCAUCAUAUCACCUCAAUUGCAUUUAGCGGCACGAUUGGCAUAGGGCUUUUUGUCACUUCUGGACAGAUCAUAUCUAUAUCAGGGUCUGGAGGCUGUGUGAUCUCAUUCGUAGUUGCAGGGCUCAUUGUCAUCGCCGUUAUGCGUACAUUGGCCGAGAUGGUGUCUGUCAGACCACUAUCGGGCGCCUUGAUUGACUUUCCGCAUACCUUUGUGGACCCUGCUUUGGGCUUUGCCGUGGGAAUAAUGUACUGUCUUGCUCAAUGCCUAAGUAUGGCAGCACUCACAUCAGCUGCAGCUAGGAUUGCGGACAACUUUUUGCCGGAUGGUCGCACGCUAGCGAACGAGCAAAAGGCAGGAAUUAUCACGGGGUUGCUGAUCAUUACACUCCUGUCUAACGCCUGCGGCGUCCAGCUCUAUGGACGGUUGGAGCGUGUGGUCAAGUGGUUGAAAUACUUCAUUAUCAUUGGGGUAUGUGUACUAAUGAUCAUUAUUAAUGUUGGUGUUGGUGGUAAAUCUUUUGGGACAACGAAUUACACCCAGCAUGCGAUGGCGCCUUCCCUUCGGUGGGCUGGCUUCAACAGUACAGCAGAUGCAGAAGAGAAGAGCAGCGAGUUUGGGAUCCAGGGCCACACAGGUAGAUUCCUUGGAGUCUGGACAUCUACCACCCUUGCGAUUUUCGCCUGUAUGGGUGGGGAUUUGGUCAUUGUUACUGCCGGUGAAGCCGAAGCUCCCCGACGUGACCUCGCCCCUUCAGCUCGAUUCAUGUACCUUGUUCCUAUUAGUUGUUAUAUUUUCGGAUCAUUCCUGGUGGGUUUCAAUAUAAACUUCAUGGACGCGAAGUUAUUCCAUCCAUUCGCCUCGUGGAACUACACAACUUCGCAUUCGCCAUUUAUCAUUGCGGUCGGCUAUACCUCGAUCAGAGUUCUUCCUGCUCUGUUAAAGGCUUGCUUCCUCUUCUCAGCAUAUACAGCUGCGAACACUGGUCUUUUUGCGUCAAGCCGUACUCUUUUUGCAAUUGCUCAAUUGUAUGGUAACGACUUUAUCAAGCGCACCAUAGGGACGACCAAUUCUGGACAUACCCCGAUAGCUGCAAUUAUAUGCUGCUCAAGUUUCGGUCUCCUUGCAUUUCUCGGUCUUGCAGAUGGAACUUACAACCAGCCUAUUCUCUCACUUUCUUCGUUCUUCGUAAGCACUUUGGCUUGUGUCUACAUAAGCGAAUGCAUUGCAUUUCUUCGAUUCAAAAAAGGUCUCACGACGUUAGAUGAGAAAGACGUCUUCUCCCGUGACGAAGAGCUCUACCGCAAGAGACAUUACCGAGCUCACUGGCAACCUCUUUGUGCAAUUUUUGGCCUAGCAGGUUGUUUGCUGGUAGUCAUGUUCAGUGGAUGGCCAGCAAUAUAUCUUCUCAAGAACUAUGAUGCAGUGAAACCGGAUCAAUCCAUUAAGCCUCAGCUCAUGCUAAUAGGUGAUUUGCUUGGAGCUUAUCUUGGGCCCCUCCUCUUCCUCUCACUUUUUAUCAUCUACAAAUUCGUAUAUGGAACAGAGUUCCGCUCACUUAGCGAUUUUGAAGAUGCCUACUUCCUGCCGAAUUUCGAUCAGGAACCUCUGGCAAAGCGGCCACAUGGGUUCAAAGCAUGGAUCAAAGAGAUUUGGAGCUUUGUAAAAUGA